UAUUUUUUUAAAUUUCAAGUUAAAUUUAAAUAAUCUUCGAAAUGGGAAGAUGUCUCAAUUUACUGUGGAUUAUUUUAUACGCAUUGAAGACUGCAAUCAGGACUCUGUAAAGCUUUACAAAUCUUAUUUUUAUUAUCAUCAAAAGCCUUGGAAUCUCGCUCUUUUUGUGGAGUCAUUUUUAAAUCGAGAUGAAAUCAAUUUACUCAAUUUAUCAAAAAUCCCAACCCUUGUAAUUGUUGGAAAUAAUUCUGCAUUUAUUGACGAAUCUGUUUAUUUCAAUUCGCAAUUAGACCCGAAGAUGACUGAAUGGUUAAAGGUUUCCGAUAGUUCUGGAUUAGUUUUGGAAGACAGACCUGCAGAAGUUGUCCAAGCUUUUCUAUUAUUUAUUCAAGGACAGGGAUUGUGUUGUGACUUGGAUAUUCACAAAAUUGUGUCUUCUUUAAAAGGCGAAAUGCAAAGCAUAAAUAAACCGAAUAAUCGAAUUUUGACUAUGGAAAAAGUGGAUGAAUUUAAUAAUUGA